ACAGGAGCUGAAAAUUGAGUCGUCAGAGAAAUAUUAGGACAUAUUUUCAAUCAUUUUGGUGCCGAAGGGGAGGCAAGAGCUCAGUUUUAUAUUGAGACAUUACGCCGGCUGAAGGCAGAGAAUGCUUUUCCCUGCCAGGACCUGAUGCAAUCCAUUCAAGCCAACAAGUUUGGAGAGAAUGUUGAGUUCAAUCAAUUCAGAACGUCGAGAUGGAGCCCAACUCACUCCAGUGGGUCGGCUCACCGUGUGGCUUGCACGGACCUUACAUUUUCUACAAGGCUUUUCAAUUCCACCUUGAAGGCAAACCAAGAAUUUUGUCCCUUGGCGACUUUUUCUUUGUAAGAUGUACGCCAAAGGAUCCGAUUUGCAUAGCGGAGCUCCAGCUGUUGUGGGAAGAGAGGACCAGCCGGCAACUUUUAUCCAGCUCUAAACUUUAUUUCCUCCCAGAAGACACUCCCCAGGGCAGAAAUAGCGACCAUGGCGAGGAUGAAGUCAUUGCUGUUUCCGAAAAGGUGAUUGUGAAGCUCGAAGACCUGGUCAAGUGGGUACAUUCUGAUUUCUCCAAGUGGAGAUGUGGCCUCCAAGCUGGGCCAGUGAACACUGAGGCCCUGGGAAGGAAUGGCCAGAAGGAAGCUCUGCUGAAGUACAGGCAGUCAACCCUCAACAGCGGACUCAACUUCAAAGAUGUUCUCAAGGAAAAGGCUGACCUUGGGGAGGACGAGGAAGAAACAAACGUGAUAGUCCUCAGCUACCCUCAGUACUGCCGGUACCGUUCGAUGCUGAAACGCAUCCAGGAUAAGCCAUCGUCCAUUCUAAUGGACCAGUUUGCAUUGGCUCUUGGGGGCAUUGCUGUGGUCAGCAGGAACCCUCAGAUCCUGUACUGCCGGGACACGUUUGACCACCCAACGCUCAUAGAAAACGAGAGUAUAUGUGAUGAGUUUGCGCCAAAUCUUAAAGGCAGACCACGCAAAAAGAAACCAUGCCCGCAACGAAGAGAUUCAUUCAGUGGCGUAAAGGAUUCCAACAAUAAUUCCGAUGGCAAAGCUGUUGCCAAGGUGAAAUGUGAGGCCAGGUCAGCCUUGACCAAACCGAAGAAUAACCACAAUAACUGUAAAAAAGUCUCCAAUGAAGAAAAACCAAAGCUUGCUAUUGGUGAGGAGUGCAGGGCAGAUGAACAGGCCUUCUUGGUGGCACUUUAUAAAUACAUGAAAGAAAGGAAAACGCCCAUAGAGCGAAUCCCUUAUUUAGGUUUUAAACAGAUUAACCUUUGGACUAUGUUUCAAGCUGCUCAAAAACUGGGAGGAUAUGAAACAAUAACAGCCCGCCGUCAAUGGAAACAUAUUUAUGAUGAAUUAGGCGGUAAUCCUGGGAGCACCAGCGCCGCCACUUGUACCCGCAGACAUUAUGAAAGAUUAAUCCUACCAUAUGAAAGGUUUAUUAAGGGAGAGGAAGAUAAACCCCUGCCUCCAAUUAAACCUCGGAAACAGGAGAACAGUUCGCAGGAAAAUGACAAUAAGACAAAGGUGUCAGGAACCAAACGCAUCAAACAUGAAAUGCCUAAGAGCAAGAAAGAGAAAGAGAAUGCCCCGAAGCCCCAGGAUGCAUCAGAGGUUUCUGCGGAACAAGAGAAAGAGCAUGAGACUUUAAACCAGAAAAACGUCACAGACCCUCUCCCAGCCACAGACGUGAAGAAAAAAGUGGACGGGUACCAGGAGGUUGUGGCGAGGCCUCUGGGAUCCAGAGCAGACCCAGAAAAGGACAGUGAGACAGACCAAGGCUCUCACAGCGAGAAGGAGGCCGAGGAGUCAGGAGAGAAGGCGCCUGCGCCUCUGCUUCCAGAUGCUCCCCUGGCCCCUGAAAGGGACCCGGCCGCGAAGCUCGGAGCUGGCAAACAGCCCCUCACUCCUCCCAGCGCCCUGGUAGACUCAAAGCAAGAAUCUAAACCCUGCUGUUUCACAGAGAGCCCUGAAAGCGACCUCCCCGAAGCCCCCUUUCCCAGCUUCCCCCCGACACAGCCCCCGGCGGCAAGCCAGAGUGAGGCGGACGAGGACAAACUCCCAGCCAUGGCCGAUUACAUCGCCAACUGCACCGUGAAGGUGGACCAGCUGGGCAGCGACGACAUCCACAACGCACUCAAGCAGACCCCGAAGGUCCUCGUGGUCCAGUCGUUCGACAUGUUCAAGGACAAAGACCUGACGGGGCCGCUGAAUGAGAACCAUGGACUGAAUUACACGCCCUUGCUGUACUCCAGGGGCAACCCGGGCAUCAUGUCCCCCCUGGCCAAGAAGAAGCUUCUGUCCCAAGUGAGUGGGGCCGGCCUCUCCAGCAGCUACCCCUACGGCUCCCCACCCCCCUUGAUCAGCAAAAAGAAACUCAUAGCCCGGGACGACCUGUGUUCCGGUUUGUCCCAGACCCACCACAGCCAAAGCACUGAGCACAUGGCGGUGAGUCGGCCGUCGGUGAUUCAGCACGUGCAGAGUUUCAAGGGCAAGCCCUCGGAGGAGAGGAAGAGCAUCAAUGACAUUUUCAAGCACGACAAACUGGGUCGUGCCGACGCCCACCGCUGCAGCUUUUCCAAGCAUCAUCACCUUAACUCCCUGGCUGACUCCUACAUCCUGAAGCAAGAAAUGCAGGAGGGCAAGGAUAAACUCUUAGAGAAAAGGGCACUCCCCCACUCGCACAUGCCCAGCUUCCUGGCAGACUUCUACUCCUCCCCUCACCUCCACAGCCUCUACAGACACACCGAGCACCACCUCCACAACGAGCAGCCGUCCAAGUACCCCUCCCGGGACAUGUACAGGGAAUCGGAAAACAAUUCGUUUCCUUCCCACAAACACCAAGAGAAGCUCCAUGUCAAUUAUCUCGCCUCCCUGCACCUGCAAGACAAGAAGGUGGCCGCGGCGGACGCCCCCACGGAUGAUCAGCCAACGGAUCUGAGCCUUCCCAAGAAUCCGCACAAACCCACCGGCAAGGUGCUGGGUCUGGCCCACUCGGCCCCGGGGCCCCAGGAGAGCAAAGGCAUGCCCCAGUUCCACGUCAUAAGCAGCCAGAGUCGAGACUGUCACCCGAAAGCCUGCCGGGUCUCGCCUAUGACCAUGUCGGCCCCCAAGAAGUACCCCGAGUCGCUUUCGCGGUCCGGGAAGCCUCACCACGUGAGACUGGAGAAUUUCCGAAAGAUGGAAGGCAUGGUCCACCCUAUCCUGCACCGGAAGAUGAGCCCUCAGAACAUAGGCGCGGCGCGGCCCAUCAAGCGCAGCCUGGAGGAUUUGGACCUGGUGAUUGCCGGGAAAAAAGCCCGGGCCGUGUCUCCGCUGGACCCGUCCAAGGAGGUCUCUGGGAAGGAGAAGGCCUCUGAGCAGGAGAGCGAAGGCAGCAAGGCAGCGUACGGUGGGCAUUCGGGGGGCGGAUCGGAGGGCCACAAGCUGCCCCUCUCCUCCCCGAUCUUCCCAGGUUUGUAUUCUGGGAGCCUGUGUAACUCGGGCCUCAACUCCAGGCUCCCAGCUGGGUAUUCUCAUUCUCUGCAGUACUUGAAAAACCAGACUGUGCUUUCUCCACUCAUGCAGCCCCUGGCUUUCCACUCGCUUGUGAUGCAAAGAGGCAUUUUUACAUCGCCCACAAAUUCUCAGCAGCUCUACAGACACCUGGCUGCGGCCACGCCGGUAGGAAGUUCGUACGGGGACCUUUUGCACAACAGCAUUUACCCUUUAGCUGCUAUCAAUCCUCAAGCUGCCUUCCCGUCUUCCCAGCUGUCGUCCGUACACCCCAGCACAAAACUGUAGGCCUGGCUCUGCCCUGCGUCCCAGGACGGCCUGGCUGCCGGAGCUGCACCCCUUUGCCCUGGGGCGGGCGGCUCAUAGAGUUAGAAGUCAGUAUUUCUUCUAAUCUGGGGGUACGAUGAGUCCCAGCCACAGAGGCCGAGAUGGGAGGUGAAGAUGCCUGAGUCUUCUGGGACAGCUCUGGCCUCGGCUGGUCAGUGUCGACCCCCCUCCCCCCUUGCUACUCGGAUGCCCUGGCACCUCCGGAUCAUUCACUUUGCCUGUGGGUCUUCUGAAGGGGUUUAUGUAUAUCCAGGAAGAACUGAGAGGGCCCGGUCUGAGUUUGGAUGGUCAGGAAACAAUCUGGGCUAAACCAAGGGGGCCGGCUUUUCAGAGGAAGGGGCAAGGAAGCUGGCAGAGCCAUGCCAAGGGAUGCCCCCCACUCUUUUCACAAAACUCUCCAAGGUUCAAUCAAUGCAAUGUAUAGUGAAACUUCAAGAGAUCUUUCAUUUUGACACUAUUCAACAAUCCAGAGAAGUAAACACUGUUAAAUUGACUGUAUAUAUUUGCUUCUUAAAACUACCCGGAUCACUGUUUGCUCACCUAAUUUAUAUACAGGUCGUUCCAUUUUCUCCCGGUUCCUCCUUGUCCUUUUUUUUUUAUUUUAAUUAAACAGUACAGCUUUUGUUUGCAGGUCUUUUUGUUUUGUUUUGUUUUGUUUGUUUUAAAGGCUGACUGACUGUCCUCGGUGUUGAUGUGUGUUUGUAAUUUUGCCACAUCUUAUCAUUUUGAGCAGCUUUGGGUGGUAAAGUUAUUGUUUACAAAUUGAAGCAACUGAUUCUAGUGGAACAAAUGAAAGAGAAGCAGCCGAGCACACAGUUGUGCAAAGAACGUUCCUUUGCCGACCCGCAACUUACGGAUUUUGUUCCUCAUAAAUGGCAUAGUUGAAAGAGCUUAGACACUGCUUACCCGGCCAAAUGCUUUGCUUUGAAGUAUUGGGUUAUGUGAAAAUAUUGAGCAUUGUACUUACCUUAUCUAGGCUGUGAAACUGCCCUACAUACCAGAGGAAUCAUAAAAACAAAACUUCGCUGGCAGCAGGCUGCUGAAUAACAAGAGUCUAGAGGACAUAUUUGUGGGCUGCACAGAUAUCUUAGGAAUUUCAGAAAUUAGAACAGGAGCCAAACUGAUUGACAUUGGUGUUGGCCCUGAUCCCUUUAAAUGGCCUGGGAAAGGGGGCUGGGAAGAGGGUACAGCUCGGCUGUCCAGCAGAGAAGGAGCAGCUGAGGGCCUGGCAGCCUUGGAGCUUUGCUGGGUGGCCACAGUGUCUCCAUCAACUUGAUUUCUUGUCAUUCCCAAGAAGAAUCUCCCAGGCCACUUCUUUGGGGAUAACUGGCAUACUAGGCUAUCCGUUUCAAAAGGAAGUCAUCCUCUUUGGGAUUAUGAGCCUGAGCGGUGAGUGUGUCCAUGCACACAGGGUGGUUUGGCUCAUGUUUUUAAUCACCUGAAAAUAUUGUCCGCAUUAUGAUUUCUUUUGUUGUUGGAAAUCAAUGGUCAGGCUGUUGAAGCAGCUGGAAGGUGUGGAGAAUGUCUACAGUCGUUCUUCCACUCUAUACCAUUUGCUGCCAAGGUGUAAUAUCAAAGUGGAUGCAUUUUCUAGGUGUCUCAAAAAUCGACCAACACAGAGAGUGGAUUUUGUUCCCAAGUCCCAUCCCUGCUGAAGGUUGCUUUAAUGAACUCCCCGGCCCACCGUUCCCAUCCCCCAACACUACUAGUAGGCUUUAGGACCAUAGUUAACCAAGUCUUUUACCUCUGAGAUAUUUAAUUCUACAAAAACUGAUGACAAUUUUCAACUUCUAAAUAGGUAACUCACUGCAAAGUACUCUAAACUGGUAACAAUGAAACUGCGGCUCUUACACAAAGCCAUGCAUGUCGUGCAUUUGUAUUGAAAUGUCUCCAUGAUAUGAAGCCAAAUAUUCCAUGUAACAUAUUUAAUAUCCAAAGUUGGAAACAAAAGAAUGUAGAGAUCCAGUGUUAAGAGUUCCAUUUGCUUCAAUUAAUUAUUUACCUUCCUGUGGAAUAAUAUAUAUAUAUAUAUAUUUAAUAGAACCAUAGAUAGACUAGUAGAAUUUAGAUUAUAAAUGUGUGAGUGCAGAUUAUCCUGCUAUUGCACAAGAUAGAGGGGGUGGAAAAAAAAAAUCUCAAUUCCAGCAGGCAAAAUGCUGGCCAGGACACACAGAAGAAAGUUGCACUAGACUGAAUGGUCAUAGAACCAGAGGACAUGGACAGGAAACAAAACUCCUGUGCUUCUGCAGCAGACAUGGGCUAGAUGGUACUACAUGGUUUCUAUGAGUUUGUUUCUCAAAAAAAAAAAAAAAAAAAAAUGGGGGGUGUCUGUUCCCCAGUGGAGCUCACCUAUUCAUUUGGAAGAUGGGGCAUUUGUUUUCCUCACUGCCAUGAUUUUAGUCUGUUUCAUCAUGUUGGAAUUUGAUCACACCAUUUUCAAACAAUGUUAACAUAGUGCAGCUUUUGUUUUUCUCAUCUCUUCUGAGAGAAGACUCACUGUUUCUGUCUGAGGGAGCUCAUACCCUCAGCAAAACAUCAGGACAAAUAAAGAGAAACGGGUAUACGUCCCGGACAGAAGCAGUGUGUUAUUUGUUUUAAAACUCUGAACAGAGAUCUUGGAAAUCUUUCAAAAAGACCAUUGAAUUCUUCAUUGGCUGAGAACUACGUUUUAAAAAGUCUUAAAUAGGGCUUUGUUUGCAUUGUUUGAGUUCAAGGGGCCUUAUUAUUGAAUGGAAUUGCACAAGCCUUUCUUUGUGCAAUCAAACCAUUGUUAUUGGUUGUUCUGUAAAGGAAACUGUAGAAUCUAAUUGGCAAUGGGGUCAUAAAUCUAUUUACUGAGUGUGGCUUCCAAGAAAUGUUGCAAUUCCAAAUGCACUAAGACCAUGAUUUAUUGGAGAUUUGGAGAUUCCAAAAAAUAGUUUUUGAAAAAACUUUUCAUGCAACUUCUGAUUUAACUUUUGGCAACUCAACAUUAAAAAAAAAAUAGAGCCCAACCGAGUUUCAGAAUUAAGAAUUCUGCUAAUAAGUGAUUUGAACUUGUAAUAUUUGCCACAGGACUGACUUAUUUAUCGACUAGCUAGAUGCUAUUAAGUUCACUUGUUUAUCAGGGCAUAUACAAAGGGUUUGUUAAAACUCAGUGUUGACUUUACGACUUUCUGACCUGGUGCAUGAAUUCCCAAGUACUGUAUUUCACUGUGUUGGUGUGUCUGAUGGAAAUUUCGAGGUGGUCCCACAAAAAUAUUUUAUGUAGUGUGCCUUCAAAGAGAACCAUUUAUUUCUCUUCACUUGUUGUCCCACAGAGUCACAUUUGGUGGUGGUCAGCCAAGUCCCAUCUGGUCUGGUUUUACUCUUGUCCCAAUUUCAAAGAGAAAUGGGAGUGAUUUUGCCCUGGUGAGACCCACACCAUUGCAAUGAUUACCUUGAGCACUUAAACUCCAGUGUUGGCUGUUGAUGUAUUUGAUAUUCUGCUUGUCUCCCCAUGGUUGAAAUAUGUCUGAAGAACAGCAGCAUAAUCUCUUGGCUGUUUAUAAUUUUUUAAAGGUUCCUGUGUUGUAAAUAUUGUAUACUUUUGGUGAUUCCAGCUCUGUAACCUCUAUGCUCUGUAAGGUGAUUUUUUUGUAUAUAGCAACAUGGCCCAGUGAUAUUAUAUAGUUUCCCAAUGGAGAGGUUAUUGAGUAACCUUUGCAUUAGUUUAAACACUACCAGAAGAAUGCUGAGCCAACUAUAAACACUCAAUUUUGUAUGUUUUCCAAAUUGUACUUAUUACUGCUUUUGAUACUGUAUUACGUGCCAAUAGUUUCCCAAUCACAUAGCAGGCAAGAGAUAUUUUGUACUUUUUGAUCCACUGUAAUAUUUAAUAAAAAAUGUUACUAUCUGUU